UAACGUACAAGAUAUGCCCAGCCCUAACUUUAGCCAAUAGGCAAAUAAAAGUACUCAAAUUUUCUAGUACAAAUCUCAACUGCAAUCUUAAGGCUGCACAUUGUAUCCAAAUAUCAUUGCCUCCAUUAUUUUUUCCAUUUCCCUCCAUUGUUUUUUUUUUCCUUUCCCUCCAUUAUUUUUCUUCAUUUCCCUCGUAGUUUAAGAAUCAUGGGUGGUUUCAUAAAACUGUUUAUAUCAUGGGUACUUACCUUUACCUUUUAUUUAUUGAAAGCCCUCCCUUUACAGAGCUCCUCAACAAGAAUUCAUGCGUGAGAGCCAAAUCUCGACAAUCAGCUGCCAUGCCAAAGGUUAAACGUUUCCGGAAUCCAUUAAAAUCAGCUCAUGGACCAUAUGAUGCUCAUGGACGUUUUUCAUCAUCAACAACUCCAGCCCCGUCACUUGCUAUAGAGCCUUCAACUUCGUUACAAGCUCCCCCACAUGCUCCUGCAAGUUCUUCAGUAGCUGAUGAAGUCCCACAACAAGAACAAGCUCCAACUCUGCCUUCUAAUCCAAGUGCAAUGUCCACACGCCAUCCUGGACGUGAAUCUACACAAUAUUGGAAAGUAGAGGCAAUAGGUGGUCAGGACCGCCAGGCAUUCCUAAAAAAUACAAGGAAGACUGCUUUGAAAUAAUGCUAAAGCCUCGGUUCUUUUUUAGGACUACUAAUGCCAUUGCAUACAGAUAUUGCAAUGCUAGUUUGAACAAGAAAUGGGCUACACAUAGACAUAGGUUGUGGGAUGAAUUUAAUGACCCAGCCAAAAGUAGAAUUGAACUUUUAAGCAAUGUGCCAUCGAGUAUAAAUAGAGACCAGUGGGCUGGUUUUGUUGCUUAUCGUCUAAAAUCAUCAACAGUUAAAAGUUGUAGAAGAAAUAAAGAAAUUCGCCGCAAGCAAACAAUGCCUCACACUAGUGGUUCCAAAGCUAACUCGAGACGACGACAUGAGCUGUUUUUGAAAACUGGGAAAAAUCCUACUCGGGAAAAGAUGUUUAUCGAAACUCAUAGGAGAAAGGAUGGAUCAUUUGUAAAUGAUGAGGCAAGGACUAUAGUGGAACAAAUUGAAUCGACUCAAGGUAAUAGCAAUGAAUCUGAAAUUUUUUCAGAUGAUAUUAUUGGCAAGGUGUUAGGGAAAGAGCAUUCUGGGAGGGUACGAUGUAUGGGUAUGGGAGCAGCUCCUUCAAAUACAUUCAAGAAUAUCAAACAACGACUUAAUGAGCUGAACCAUUCUUCAUCUAGCUUCGGCGCAUCAUCUGCAACUUUCAGCUAUUUGCAACAAGAGGUCACUCAUUUGAAGUCCCAAUUAGCCAGCACUUUAACUGCACUGAAAGCUUACAUGAUAUCAAAGGAAGGAAGAGUUCCUGAGCAAUUUAUUGGUUUGUUUGCUUCUCAACCACAUCCUAGUGAUGAUGCAGAGAGUGAACCUACUUCACCGGUGGAUGUAAGAGGAUCAUCGGGCAGCAGCUACCAGAAUCAACAAGCAAAUACUUAGAAUAUUAUUUAUUUAAUGUGGAACCACUGUUGCUUUUAUGGAUUUUAAGUAGUAAUGUUUAGGAGCUACUUUAGUUUAUAUUGUUUUAGUAUGAUUUGCAGUGAAUUUGUGAUUGUUGCUAUUGUGGAUGUUUUAAUGAAAUUUGAU